CACUUCCAUGCGAAUUAUUUGGUGCAUGCGUGUUCGUCUGUGUGUGCGUGUAUAUCGUGGAAAUUGUGACUUCCAAUCAGAAUUUGGAAGUUUCUUUUUUUCCAUAUUGAUUAGUUAUAUGUCGCUUUUGUUGUUUACUCGCCACAUUGUUUUUUCGAGCCGUCUUUUCAAUUUGUGUGUGUGUGUGUACAGCGCGCGCGAAAAAAAUACGCAAAAAAAUAAAUAUUAGAAAAUACAGCAAAGCAGAGUGAGGGAGAGGGGAACAGCGACACGGAAAGCGAGAGCGCGAGCGAGAGAGAGACAGAGAGAGAAAGAGCGGCGGAGGAGGAGGAAGAGGAAGAGGAAGAGGAAAUUACACAAAAAUUUUGGGCGCCAUCAAAGAUAUAUAUUUGCAAUCUACAAUUAAACACCCUCUCCGAUGUCCGCGGGUGUGGGUGGCGGCGGAGGCAGCAUUACCACAGAUCAUCAUAGCCGUUUAUACUUUCUCAACUCGCCAACGGCGCCGCUAACGGCACGCGAUUCGUUCUUCAUAAAGCCGGAAUAUCUCAGCUAUGAGAAUCCCAUGCAUCAUCUAUACCCAAGCAAUCGAGGCUUAAUUGAAUAUAAUAACUAUACGACAGUUGCGGCCGCUGCUGCGGCGAGUGCGAGUACAGGUGUUGCUGCUGCUGCAGCUGCUGCGGCAGCUGCUGCUGCUGUUAACAAUAACAACAGCAACAGCCAGCAGCAGCAGCACCCACAGCAACAGCAGCAUCCACAGCAGCAGCAGCAGCAGCAGCAGCAGCCGCAUCCAUUGCAUCAACAUUUGUCCACCGGCCUCGUUGUCACCGGCGUCGCACUUGGCCACCAAUCGUCGCGGGCUCAGAAGGCGGCACGUCGGCGUAGCAACGAAUCGAUUGAGGCACGGGAACGACGUCUGGAGCGGAACGCGGCGAGGAUGCGAGACAAACGCUCGAAGGAGUCGGAAGCGGAAUAUCGCCUGCGUCUGGCCAAAAAUGCGGAGGCGAAUCGUGUGCGCCGGCAAAACGAAAACGAAGUACAAAGAACCUUAAGACUGAUGAAGAAUGCCGCCCGUCAGCGCUUGCGGCGUGCCAGCGAAUCGAAUGAUGAGCGCAAGAAGCGCCUGGCCAAAGCAGCUGAAAGGAUGCGCGUCUCCAGGGCCAGUGCGCCAAAGGUGAUUAAGCCGCCGCUCGAGGAUCGCCUCAAGGGCUAUUAGAAAACAGAUACAAUACAAAUGCAGAGAGCCCAAUCAGACAUCUAAUCAGACCCAGAAGCACACACACACAGACACACAAGAACAUGCAUAUGCCUGGCGCGCGACUCCAAUCAGAGCGCAACAUUGGAAGCUUGUGAAGCGGGCUUCAGCAAGUAAAGUGCACACAUACACAAACAAACAAACACACACACACAGACGCAGAAUCUAAUCAAAUGGUAUCUAAUCAGAAAUGUGCAAGCAAACACACAAAAAAGGAAGAAGAAGCAGCAGCAGCAUGCAUGCAGAAGAAAGCAGAAGAAGAAGCGCAAGCAGCAGCAGCAGCAGCAAUAAGAAAGAACACAUGCAUAGAUAUAUGCUGCUAUGCAUGUGUGUGUGUGUAAGCAGAGCGGCAAGAGCAGAGUAUAGAAAAGAAGAAGCAGAAAUAUAUAUAUAUAUACAACAAAAACAGCUAUAAAUAAUAUAUAUAUUGUAUACAUAAAAAAAACAAAUGGAAACAACAUAUAACAUUUACAUAGAAAUGACUAAAAAAAAAACAAAAAAAAAAACAAAAAAAAAUGAAUAAGUAAAAUGAGAAGAAAAACAGCCGCAUAACAUUUAAAUAUAAAUAAUAUAACAAAAAAAAAAAAA